AAAUAACUCCGUUUAUGACUUAUUACUCCAGACUCAGUCAGCAGACCUGUUUCAUCCAUAGCUACCUCAUACGACUACUCCGUGAGGAAUGCCCCGUGUGUCCUGAAGUCUGCAAAUACCACCUGGACCGAUAAGUGCUCACGAGAGCCCACCCUUAUCGCCGACGGAGGGUGUUCAUCCCACUUGACGGCAGUCGAACUUCUAUAUUUCAAUCCCUCAAUACAACUUUUCUCAGACGGCCUGCCGCUUGUAUUCGCGGAAGCAAUUCUAGGAACAGAUCUUUUGUAUCAGGACCUGCAACAUAUUGGAUUAGUGGGGGACACACUGUUCGGAUUGAACCAUGGCGGAGCUUACUUCAAUUAAGCUCAAUGCAGAGAGUCAUCUGCUGCUCGACCAAUCGCUUCUUCGUCUACCAUAUGAACUCCUUCGCAAGAACUUUAAAACGUCGCAGCGACUGGUCGAACGAGAGCGAGAGCAUAUCCUUUCAGCGAUCAAAUCUACCGCAAGCGCUUCCGUGAGCCUUUCUUCAACAGCACAAACACAAGCUUCCUUAGACAGUAUGAUUACUCGCAUGCAAGGGCUAAAGCGCAAACUUGAAGUUUUGCACGAGGAGGAGAAGGCUAUACACGAGCAUUCGAGGAAACGGAUUCAGCACUUGCAAGCCCUGUACGAUAUUCCCAGCUUAGUAGACGUCAAGUAUGAUGAAUGGUCAAGAGUGAGAUUAAAUCGACUUCUUGUCGACUAUUUACUUCGGAGUGGCUACGGGGACAGCGCACUUGCACUUGCGCAGGAGAAACAUAUCGAAGACCUGGUCGACGUCGACGUAUUCGUACAAUGCCAUAAAAUCGAGGAAAGUCUGAGGCAAGGGAGGACACAGGAAUGCCUGCUAUGGUGUAGUGAGAACAAGCAGGCCUUGAAGAAGAUGAAUAGCAGCCUCGAAUUCGAAGUUCGGCUGCAGCAAUUCAUUGAGCUCGUCCGGAGUGGUCAGAUAGGAGAGACAAAAAAACUUCUCGAGGCAACGCAGCACGCCAGAAAAUAUCUCAUACCACAUAAGGACACGCAGUCUAAAGAAAUACAUAGAUCGGCAGGCCUGCUUGCAUUUGCCCCGGACACGCAGGUUGAGCCCUAUAAAUCCAUGUAUUCUCGUUCAAGGUGGGACUUUAUUGCCCAGCUAUUCGUUAAGACACAUCACGAGCUCCUUUCUCUACCUGUUCGACCACUUCUUCACAUUGCUUUAUCCGCCGGCCUUUCAGCUCUCAAAACACCAGCUUGCCAUUCAGCGUAUGCCAGUAGCAGUUCGAAUGCUAGUUCCUCGACAACAACUGUUUGUCCGAUAUGCUCCACUGAAUUGAACGAGUUGGCGCGGAACGUUCCGUAUGCGCAUCAUACGAAGAGUUACGUAGAAAGUGAUCCGAUGGUUCUUCCGAAUGGUCGGAUAUAUGGUCGAGACCGGCUGCUGGACAUGAGCCGAAAAGUCGGCCUGGGUGAAAAGCAAGUCAAAGAUCCCACAACUGGAGAGAUUUUCCAUGUGGACUCGAUGGAGAAGGUUUUCAUAUCUUGA